UAAAAUUUUCGUUUGCCUCUUUAACUUGGAAAGCACUGAAUACUGCAGUGACUUGAGUGAUUGUUUGCUGGAUAAUGAGACCUGAUGUUCAUGUAUGAGGAUUUGUUCCUAUACUGCAAGUAAGACUUCGACUCCACUAUUGAUCAAUUUUAAUUUAAAUAUUCUACACUCAACUUAUUGCGCUCAACAAUAUAAACUGUCUGCACUGUUUAGGUUUAUAUCUUGGCGUUUUCUCAUCCAAUGAGCAUACAGAAGUUUCUGCAAACAUAUAAUUAAUUAAUUCAGAUAUUAGCCGUUAGUGAAGUUCCGUGUUGAUCAUCAUGGCGCCGAAAGAAAUUUGUUGUGUUCUUUUCAUCUGUCUCUUUGGUUUGGGAAGUGCUGAAUACUGCACUGAGUCGAGCGAUUGUGUGGUGGAAGGUGAGACCUGUUGUUCGGAUAACGUCUGUAGAGCGAUUUGUUCCUACUGUACGUACAACUUUGAAUGUGGCAGUGGCGAACAGUGUUGCAAUAACGAAUGCAAAUAUUCAUGUGGAUUGAGCGCCGAGGCUAUUACAGGUGUUAUUAUCGGCACAACUUGUGCAUUUUUCUUCGCCAUCAUCAUCGCCAUUGUAUCCUGCUUCUACUGUGCUCGCUGCCCGGGCUACCGCCGCUAUCGUACACCCGGUGUUUUGGUCGUCAGCCGACAGCCUUAUCAACCGUUCGUCUCAACUCAUACACACACGGCAAUAACGCAGCAAGUGCAAGCUCCUCCGCCGGUCAACUACAAUCAGCCUCCUCCAGGUUUCAACCAGGCUCCUCCGCCUUACUCAACCUAUCUUCCGCCAUUAAACCAGAAUCCUCCACCGCCAGAACAAACUCAAGCGGGGCCGAUGCCUGCUGCAGUAACCGAGCAAACGAACAGGUUCUAAGUAAAGUAAUAUGUGAGAUAACUUCUCCAAGCGGAACACUGUGCGAUGGAUGCCUGCUUUUGUCAGAGCUGACUAACCGGCCAAGUACUAACCCGUUUAACGAGAUAACUAGCCUCAUGUUAUGAAACAUUUGUGGAUUUUUUCCAAAACUCGGUUAUGUCAAAAUACAACAUGCAUAUUGUCGAGUUUGAAUAAAAAUACUUCAAAUAAUUAUAAUUAUGGUUUCAGUCUAAACUUUUGUUAUAUUGUCAAAAACCUUGUGUCCAAUCUGCAAGUUUUUACGGUAAAUAUAAUUCACCACCGUUAUCUAGGCA